AUGAGGCAUGCAUCCGUCUGGAUGUGUAUCCUGCUGACCUUCUACAACCUGCAUGCGACGACCCUGGCGGCCAUCGUGCCACCGCCAUGGAGCGACCCGAACAAGAACCCGUGCGCUAGCCAGCCGGGCGGCUGGCAGCUACUGUACUGGCCACCGCUCAAGCGCUGCUUCAAGAUCUUCCAGCUCGGCUACCCGUGCCCGGACACGAUGGAGCUCAGCCCGGUCGGGGCCGGUUCGACGGGCCUGGGGUCGACGGCCGAGUGUCGCUGCCCGCCUGGCACCGCCCAGUCGCCGCUGACCAAGAAGUGCCACAAGCUCUUCGAGCGUGGCCCCUGCGAGUUCGGGCAGUACUUUGCGCCGAUCGCGGACGGUGCCGGAAGGAGUGCCAUACCAAAACAGCGCUGGGGUCUGUGCAAAUCGACGGAAAUCUGCGACAGCGGAAUGAUCUACUGGCCGCAGGACAACAAGUGCUACCAGAUACACACCAAAGGACCCUGCGCGAAGGGGAAGCUUAUCAGUCUCGAUAACAACGGUAUCGCCCGGUGUAGGUGCGAAAGCGAAGGCGAUCUGGGCAACUACUUCCACGAGGACACCGAAACCUGCCAUGAGUUUUUCACCAAAGGACCGUGUCUGGGCACGGGUGAGCUGUUCCUGCCGUCGCGCAAGUGUGCCUGCCACGAGCGGCUCCCGCACUACCACAACGAGACGAACCAGUGCUACGAGCUGGGCACGAUCGGGCCGUGCCCCUUCGGGCACACGUUCAUUGUGGCCGACGGAAAGCGCCCGGCGGACGGCGGGGGUAACACGGCACCUCCCAAGGGCCCAAUGAAGGGCGAGUGUCGCUGUAAGGAUGGUUACGUGCGAUGGAAGGAUGGAUACUGCUACAAGCUCUACACGCAAGGGCCGUGCGAUUUCGGUGCCUUCGUCACGGAACCGAACGUGUGCACGCCGAAUCCGUGCGAGAAGGGGCGCCUGUACUUUCCGCAGGAGAAAACCUGCUACCGGAUCGGUUCGCAGGGUCCGUGCACCUUGCACCAGGUGGUCAUCUUUGAUUUUACGUCGCGCCCCUCGCUGGACGGUAUCUCCUACAACGGCAUGUGCGGCUGUUCGGGCGUCAUCUCGAACCUGGACCAGUCGUGCACGGACGAGGCGGACCAGAUACCGCAGAGUGCGUGCGACAGUACGCCGGACAUGGUGGAGGUGAACAGGCAGUGCCACAAACUGUACACCCGCGGACCGUGCGGGCCGGGCCAGUGGCUCGAACCGAAGAAGAUCCCACCGCGCGUCCGAUCGGCAGCCUGCGUAUGCCGGCCAGGAUACACACCGUACGAGCAGCCGCUCGCUAACGGCGUCAUCGGUUGCCAGGCGCCGAGCGUUGGCAUCGCCAGGUGGUUCAUGAGCUUACUGGGCUUUGGUUCAUCCGAUCCGGACGAGUACUGA